AGGUCUAAAAAAAUAAUGACAUCAACUGCUUAAGAAUCCUGUAAGUAUCCAAAAGCUAUACUUCCUCUUUCUUUUCACAUAUUGACUUCAAUCGGACCAAAUAUCCUCACUUUAGCGCUCUCUCUCAUAUCUUCCCCUUCAAUGUGUUUAAUGAUGAAAGAUGUGUUGCAAAAUACUUUGAAAGCGGCACUCGUAAAGCUUUCAGGUCAAUGGCCAUCCGCAUGAAGUCCAAGUUAAGCCGUACACCUUCUAAAGCAGUGGUGUAUUGCAAGAACAUGGCUGACUUAGGUUGAGUCAUUUCAGAAAAACAGCUCUCUCUAACAAUAUUUGUAGAUAGAAAGCUGAUGAGAAAGAAGAAGAAGACAUGAUGAGCAUGGUUAAAGACCUAGCUGAAUACGAAAGUCGAUUCCGUGCUUGUAUUGCAUAUAAUUCGGAAGCAUCCUUUACUGAAAAGCAUAUAAUGCCAGCAAUUCGAAGACUCUUGCUUCAAGAUGAAACUGAUGACCUCUGCUAUGCAAUCAUUGACAAACCGAACGAAAAUGGCAAAAAGCCUGGUUUCAUGAUCGGCACAAAGGUCAAGGGAAAAGAACGCUAUUUUUUCUUUGUUGAAGUCAAAAGACCAGACACAGUAAGCAAAUGCCAGCCCGAAAGCGACUUUGUAAAGCUGAUGAAGCAUAUGAAAAACUCUGCGGACCAGCAACUUUGUUUAGGUGUGACAAACCCUUUGUCUCUUGGUCUUUUAGUUGAAGGGCUCCAUUGUACUCUUUUCCAAAUGAUGAUUCUUGCUGAUGGAGUUUAUGUGCCUACAGCAAUUAAGGACUUCAGCCUGAUUGAAAGAAUGCACCAGUUGUGUGAGCUUAACAAGUUUGUUGUUGAGGUGAAUUUGAAAAAGUCAAAUGGAGAAAAAAGAGUGGGAAGAGAACGCAUGCGUUUCUCUUUUGAGACCAGAUUCGGAGCGAAGGCGAAGACCAAGAAAUCCUGGAGAAUCUAA